UGCAGUCACUACACGUCGGCUCGGUGUUGCAUACAUUGGUGUUGUGAAUCUGUUAUACACCGUGAAUGCUUUCUAAAGAUUGGACAUUGAUCUCAAAAACUGGUUGUAAACAUCUUUAACUGUACCAGCGGAAUUUUUCAAGACCUGACACUUUCUCAUUUAAGCAAGCUGAGAAAAUCAAUAUAAUCCGGUGCAGAUUCUAAUUUUAGACACCCAGUCAUGCAGUGUGGUAGCCUCUGAUCAGAGCACACUCCGUUUCAACGCGGCACCCUCUCCAGUUUAAAUAGGAUCUAUAAAUUAUUAAUCACGAAGUCAUUACGUGCUGAACACCCCACUUACAUAGUAGACCAUUCUUCUGCUAGUCCUGUACAUACUACAAGAGCUAGCGCUGCUGGGACUGGAACAAUGCAGGCGAUCAAGUGUGUUGUGGUUGGAGAUGGAGCUGUUGGUAAAACCUGUUUGCUGAUCAGCUACACAACCAAUGCUUUCCCUGGAGAAUAUAUUCCCACUGUGUUUGAUAACUACUCUGCCAAUGUCAUGGUAGAUGGCCGCCCUGUCAACUUGGGAUUAUGGGAUACAGCAGGGCAGGAGGAUUACGACAGACUUCGGCCUCUCUCCUACCCACAAACGGACGUUUUUCUGAUCUGUUUCUCACUCGUGUCACCAGCCUCAUUCGAAAACGUGCGCGCAAAGUGGUAUCCAGAAGUCGCACACCACUGUCCAGAUACACCGGUCAUUCUCGUGGGAACAAAACUUGAUUUACGUGACGACCAGGAAACCAUCCAAAAGCUGAAAGAAAAGAAACUUGCCCCAAUCCUCUACCCACAAGGGUUGCAGAUGGCGAAAGAAGUGAACGCCGUAAAGUACCUGGAGUGCUCGGCUCUCACCCAAAAAGGCCUGAAAACCGUUUUCGACGAGGCGAUCCGCGCCGUCCUGUGCCCUGAGCAAAAGCCGAAGAAAAAGAAGCCCUGCGAGCUUUUGUGAUCGCCACUCGCGUUGCAGAUACAGCGAACUGCCAUUCACUACAGACGGUAGACCGCCACCGUUUUAUUCAAAAUUUUUAAUAACGUAAUUCGUUUUGAACUCUUCGGAUCCUUAUUGCGUAGCGUAUUUGCUGCCUUCACGCAGCUCGUUUCCUACUUCAUGUGACAUCUACCAUUACAAAAAAACAACACGUCGUAUAAAUUUAACGUGCUAGCACUAAUUCAUUAUCGCCUUCAUCGUACGCACUAAUUAUUGAAGCGGUAAUCCAUUAACGACCCAAAUUUUAGGAUAGGUUCCUUAUCAAAAUCUGGAAAACUCGCGUGCGUCCAUGUUGCAUGGUGUUUUGCGACCGCGUGCAAUUACUGUUAUAACUCGGCUGCCUCUGCCGGGUUCCUAACACAUGUGCAUAUCCAAAUCACGUCGUUAUUUCAUUUACAAAAGAUUCAUGCGCCGUUGCGUAUCAUGCCUGGCCAAUCCUUUAUAAGUUAAAACUCUUUUCAUGUACAUAUCAGUAUUCAAUCAAUUUUUUACACUUCAAAUCAUUCAAAUUAUUAAUACUUCGUCGCUUUAGGUCAAAUAGUUAAUUUGCUCCUUCGGUCCUUCAAACAACGCCAGGUUAAGCGGCUGAUUUUUCAUUAGCAGUCCAGCCGCCCUUCCCUGUCGUCUUGAUGUUAUUACCCUAGAUAUAUUGGUAUUAUUAACGUAUCACUUAAUAAUUUGUCGUGUACACCAAGAGAACGAAUAAAGCUCAAACUUCUGAAAA